AUGGGUUCCGAGAAGGACUCCGAGUCGCCGCGCUCCACAUCCCUACACGCAGCCGCGCCCGACUCCAAGUGCCGCAGCGGCGGCCGGCGCCGCCGCCUCACCUUCCACAGCGUCUUCUCCGCCUCGGCCCGCGGCCGCCGCUCCAGGGGACCCGCGUUCGACGAUGAGGAGGCGGCGGAGGGCGGCGACCAGGGCCCGGAGGAGGUGGAGUGCCCGUUGUGCCUGGUGAGGCUGCCGCCCGAGCGGGCCCCGCGCCUCCUCAGCUGCCCGCACCGCUCUUGCCGGGACUGUCUCCGCCACUACCUGCGCCUGGAGAUCAGCGAGAGUCGGGUACCCAUCAGCUGCCCUGAAUGCAGCGAACGGCUCAAUCCUCACGAUAUCCGCCUGCUGCUCGCAGACCCACCACUCAUGCACAAGUACGAGGAGUUCAUGCUGCGCCGCUACCUGGCCUCGGACCCGGACUGCCGCUGGUGCCCGGCCCCCGACUGCGGUUAUGCUGUUAUUGCCUAUGGCUGUGCCAGCUGCCCAAAGCUGACCUGUGAGAGGGAAGGCUGCCAGACUGAGUUCUGCUACCACUGCAAGCAGAUAUGGCAUCCGAAUCAGACAUGCGAUAUGGCCCGUCAGCAGAGGGCGCAGACUUUGCGAGUACGGACCAAGCACACUUCAGGACUCAGUUAUGGACAAGAAUCUGGACCAGCAGAUGACAUCAAGUCAUGCCCACGAUGCAGUGCUUACAUUAUCAAGAUGAAUGAUGGAAGCUGUAAUCACAUGACCUGUGCAGUUUGUGGCUGUGAAUUUUGUUGGCUUUGUAUGAAAGAGAUCUCAGACUUGCAUUACCUCAGCCCCUCUGGCUGCACAUUCUGGGGCAAGAAACCAUGGAGCCGUAAGAAGAAAAUUCUUUGGCAGCUGGGCACGUUGAUUGGUGCUCCAGUGGGAAUUUCCCUCAUUGCUGGCAUUGCCAUUCCUGCCAUGGUCAUUGGCAUUCCUGUUUAUGUUGGCAGGAAGAUCCAUAGCAGGUAUGAGGGAAGGAAAACCUCCAAGCACAAGAGGAAUUUAGCUAUCACAGGAGGAGUGACUUUGUCAGUUAUUGCAUCUCCAGUUAUUGCUGCAGUGAGUGUUGGUAUUGGUGUCCCCAUUAUGCUAGCAUAUGUCUAUGGGGUUGUGCCUAUUUCUCUCUGUCGUGGAGGAGGCUGUGGAGUUAGCACAGCCAAUGGAAAGGGGGUGAAAAUCGAAUUUGAUGAAGAUGAUGGUCCAAUCACAGUGGCAGAUGCCUGGCGAGCCCUCAAGAACCCCAGCAUUGGGGAAAGCAGCAUUGAAGGCCUAACUAGCGUGUUGAGCACCAGUGGCAGCCCUACGGAUGGACUCAGUGUUAUGCAGGGCCCUUACAGUGAAACAGCCAGCUUUGCAGCCCUCUCAGGGGGCACACUGAGUGGUGGUAUUCUUUCCAGUGGCAAGGGAAAAUAUAGCAGGUUAGAAGUCCAAGCCGAUGUCCAAAAGGAAAUUUUCCCCAAAGACACAGCCAGUCUUGGUGCAAUUAGUGACAACGCAAGCACUCGUGCUAUGGCCGGUUCCAUAAUAAGUUCCUACAACCCACAGGACAGAGAGUGCAACAAUAUGGAAAUCCAAGUGGACAUUGAAGCCAAACCAAGCCACUAUCAGUUGGUGAGUGGAAGCAGCACAGAGGACUCACUCCACGUUCACGCACAGAUGGCAGAGAAUGAAGAAGAAGGUGGUGGUGGUGGUGACACUGGCGGUGGUAGCAGCGGUGGCAGUGAAGAGGAUCCCUCCUGUAAACACCAAAGCUGUGAACAGAAAGACUGCCUGGCCAGCAAAGCUUGGGACAUCAGUCUGGCUCAGCCUGAGAGCAUCCGCAGUGACCUGGAGAGCUCUGAUACGCAGUCAGACGAUGUACCAGACAUCACCUCAGAUGAGUGUGGCUCCCCCCGCUCCCAUACUGCAGCCUGCCCCUCUACCCCCCGAGCCCAAGGUGCACCAAACCCAAGUGCCCAUAAGAACCUCUCUGCCCCAGCUGAGGGGCAGACUGUCUUGAAGCCAGAAGGUGCAGAAGCCAGAGUAUGAAGUGGAAUGAAUGCUCCUGUUCUGAGAAGCACACUUGUUGUAACUGCAUCUUUUGGAAUCUUUCUCCUUUUUGGGGGGAGGAGGGUUGGGGAUUUAUGUAUUUUAUUUCAAAGAUUCUGUGGUCACAAGUUUUCCCCAGGGAA